CUCCCCCUCCUCCUCUUCCUUUCCCCCACUUUUCUCCGCUCCGGCCCCCGGUCUGUUGCUUGGCCGUUGCCAGUGAGUUUGUGCUUCCUCUCAGGUCCUUAACACAAGGACGCACGGGUGAGUGCGCAUCCGAUCGCAGGUGCCCUUGCUCAUCCCCAGGCGCAUCAGCACACAGGCCCACCCCUUUGGCCAAGACCCUUGCCCGGUUGCCGGCCAUCGCGUCUGCUUAAUUGCCCCUCAGCCCGAGGCUCCCCCUCUCCCGCCUCUGCCCUCCCUCCGACCCUUCUGCCCUCCCUUGCGCUUUCUAUCCGACCCCCGGGCAUGGCCGACCCACCCGGUGCUGGCGACCCGCUGGCCGGCCGCCGGCCAGUCCACCCCACUGGCCAGGGCGAGGUGCUCUAUGACGAUCUGUCCUUCGAGGGGAUCGGCGCGGCAAUCAACAACAGCCGCCUGGGGCCCGGGCCGCCGGCCGACCCGCGCGUGGUGCCCCUGUCGGAGUACACCGCCAGCGAAGAUCCACUGUCCGGACCGAUGCCCGGGGCCGCCGAAUCGGCCGACAUGCAGCAGCCAUCGCCCACGGACUCCUCGGGCCAGGACCCGGGCUACGGGGGGACCGUCGACUCGACGGAUCAGCUUUUCGUCGCGCCGCUGGUCCUCGAUGACGAGGAGGAUCCCGGACAGACGCAGCCCGGCGAGGAACCUGGCGCCGAUGGCGGUGACGGCGGCGGCGGCGGUGGCAUGACUGUUGAGGACGUUCGACACUACGUUCGCCAGAUCGACCACAUCUUCCGGCCGGUGCUGAUAUGCAUGUGCCUGGUCAUCUGGUGGGUGAAGGUGGAGGCCGUGAUGCGUGCCGACACGGAUGGCAUGCGGCUUUUCGGCUUCUCCACGGUCGAAACCGGCGACAACAUUGGCGGCUUCAUCAUCGACGCCAUCAUCAUCAUCUCGGCGGUCAUCAUCAUGACCAUCAUCCUGGCGGUCAUGUUCUGGUUUGGCCUAUUCAAGAUCAUCUUCGGAUACCUGAUUUUCAGUACCGGCGUCUUGCUUGGUGGCAUGGGCGCCUUGUUUGCCAUCUCGCAAUCUUUGGCACUCAAUAUCCCGAUGGACUAUAUUACGAUUGUCUUUGCAGCAGUCAACUUUGCCGUCGGCGGCUUGGUCCUGGUGUUUUAUUGUUCGCACCUGCGCCUGCAGCAGGCGUACCUGACGGUCAUGAGCGCGCUCCUGGCUUGGUCCCUCACGCGCAUCAACGAGAUCACCACCUGGGUGUUGCUCGGGCUGCUGGUCAUCUGGGAUAUCAUCGCCGUGCUGACGCCCUGUGGCCCGCUGAAGCUGCUGAUUGCAGCCAGUCGCCGCCACCAGAAGGACAUCCCGGCGCUUUUGUAUAGUGUCACCAUGGUGUGGUUCAUGGCUCACGAUCCGGAGCAUGGGAUCCUUGGUGGGGGCAAGUCGAGCGACGCCUCGCCGGUCGACUCGUCGGACGAGGUGCUCGCUCCUGUCCGGACGGGGGGCCGCCACGGGGGGAAUGGAGGCGGCCGCCGGCGCCAAUCCACCCCCCCACGAGGGGCCCUGCUCACCGAUGAGGGAGUGGAGUUGCACGAUCUGACCGGCCCGGUGCCGGCCAGUCCUGAACAUGCCCCCGCCUCCGAGGGGGACCUCCGGUCCGGCACCGAGGCCGAAGCGGCCGAUGUGGAUCCCCAUUUGGCGGAUGCCGAUCCGGAUGCCGCCGACACCGGGGCCCAGGAAGAUGAGGACGCCCCCCCGGCCGAGGCCAAGGCGCGCGACGGCCUCAAGCUUGGCCUUGGGGACUUUGUUUUCUACAGCGUCCUCCUGGGCCGCGCGGCCCUGUCCGACUGGACGACGACGGUCACUUGCCUGGUGGCGGUGUCAGCUGGCCUGAUGUCCACCAUCUUCCUCCUUGCCUUCUUUCGGCGGGCCCUCCCUGCCCUCCCGAUUUCCCUGGUCCUUGGCAUCAUCUUUUUCUUCGUCACGCGGGCUGUCAUCACUCCGUUCGUGCUGGAGCACGUUUCUGGCGUGGUGGGCCUGUGAGAGACACGCACACAUAAA